CUGAGCAAGCAGCAGAUUUUUCAGCAGUCAACGAGCGUAUCAGCGGCAUUAUCUGUGCCCAGUGUGUCGACCGCCGAAGACCCACAAGAGCAGCAACCGCCACAGCAGCAACAGCAACAACAACAACACCACCACCAGCAGCAGCAGCAACAACAAGCGGCACAACAACAACAGCACCAUCGAACUCCUCCGACGCCGAGGCGGAGAAUCAGCGACAAAGUUGUACUGCCAAUUUCAACUGAAAUUUCACGGAAUCGAGAAUUUUAUCGAACGCAUGAUAAUGCAGUGCGGCAUAAUUUGUCGUUACAUAAGUGUUUUGCACGGGUGGAACAAAAUGUGAAAGGUGCUGUAUGGACCGUGGACGAUUCUGAAUUCUAUCGACGACGGCCACAACGUGCUCAUACGUCGAGAAGUACCCCUUCAACGCCGAAACCUGACAAUCCGCUGAGUUUGCUAUCGACGGCAGCGGCAUCGGCUGCGAGUAUGAUAGUGGCCAACGAUCGCUCAGAAAAUAUAUUACUUCGGGAUAUUAAGCAAGAAGUGCUUGCUGCCGAAAAUGUGACACCAAGUUCGCUGCAGACGUUUAUCAAAGAAGAAGAAUCGAGCCCGAAACUUGUAGUCGAUGAGCAGUCUUAG